UGGGGCAAGUGCUUGGCAGGCCCGUCUUCAUAUUUGGACGUUUUCCCGUGCUCUCCCUCCUCCAGGCAUUUCUCGUUCGUUAUCCUUCGUCAGCCUUUCACUCGUUACCUGCAAUAAAUAAUUUCUUCUCCUUAAUCCAGGCGGCUCCGGUCUGUCGCAUGUAGAAAGUGGACCUCAAAGUCGAAUAUUUUUUUUGUAUUAUUAUUUCUUCGUGCUAUGGUCGAUCACUCAACAUCAUGAGGUUACCUUCAUCAUGGGUAGCUACGGCGGUUCUCUGCACGCUUGCAGGUCAAGGUGCUCGUGCAGCCAUCAGUUUGGACCUAGCAUCAACGGAGUCAAUCAAGAAAGCGGCGAGCACUGUAGCAUAUGAUUUGAUGCGCUACUACACGGGGAACAACACAGGUGAUGUGCCAGGAAAUCUACCUGAUCCUUAUUAUUGGUGGGAGGCUGGAGCUAUGUUCGGGAGCAUGAUAAACUACUGGUACUACACAAACGACACCACUUACAACGACGUCACUAAGCAAGCACUUCUUCAUCAAGUCGGCGAGGAAAACGACUACAUGCCGAAUAAUCAGACCAAGACGGAAGGAAAUGACGAUCAAGGGUUCUGGGGCAUGGCUGCAAUGACAGCAGCAGAGACGAGAUUCCAAGAUCCUCCUUCCACACAACCGGGCUGGCUUGCACUUGCUCAAGGGGUGUUUAACACACAAGCAGCAAGGUGGGAUAACAAAACCUGUGGUGGGGGACUUCGAUGGCAAAUUUAUAGCUGGAAUCAGGGAUAUAACUACAAGAACAGUAUCUCGAAUGGCUGUUUCUUCAAUUUGGCGGCAAGGUUAGCCUUAUAUACUGGAAAUACGAUGUAUUCAGAUUGGGCGGUCAAGACAUGGGACUGGGUUUCUGGUGUAGGACUGUUGUCACCGGCUUAUGAGGUCUUUGAUGGAGCGCAAAAUACGGAUAAUUGCACGGCAAAGGAUCAUACAAGGUGGACAUAUAAUGCGGGAAUCUAUCUUCUCGGAAGUGCAGCGAUGUAUAAUCAUACCAACGGCAGCGCAAUAUGGCGUGAACGCGUCAUGGGCCUGCUGAACUCCUCCGAGGUCUUCUUUGUCAACGGCACCAUGUACGAACCUUGCGAGUCCGGUAUAAAGGGAUGUAACGUAGAUCAACGAUCAUUCAAAGCCUACUUCGCACGUUCCCUCGCCGCCACCGCGGAACUCGCGCCAUUCACACACUCCAUAAUCAUGCCAAAGCUCGCCAGCUCUGCCGCAGCGGCGAUAAAGACCUGCACCGCGGGAAACAGUGGCACCCAAUGCGGACUGAAGUGGACAACCGGAGCGAACGAUGGGAGUCUGGGGGUAGGGGAGCAAUUGGCCGUUCUGGAGGUGGUCCAGAGUAACCUCGUUGAUGGAGCUCCGGGGUGGGUAAGUGCUGUUCGCGGAACGGGAACGAGUAAGGGGGAUGUCAAUGCAGCGAAUGGAUCAACACACAGUGAAGAAUCCCUGAUCAUGGGACGGGUGACGACGGCAGAUAGGGUUGGCGCUGGCAUUGUAACAGCAUUGGUUCUGUUGGGAGUUACCUGUGGAUGUGUUACUAUGGUAGUAGGGUAAUAAAUGAUUUAAUCCAUGUUUUAGCUGUAUUGCCUUGGUUCCGCUCUAUAGGUAGAGAUGGAAGGAAGUUGAUCCAGAUUCGUAAAGGGACUGACUGCUAGGUAGAAGAAUAACCUUGCUUUUAUAUCUCAG